UUUUAUUAUUGUAGCCGUCUCAAGUGGGGAUUCAAGAUCGUCGAUGUUUUAUGAACGUUGUUUUGAUCUGUUCUGUUCGCCCUCUGGUUUGAAUGGAGAUGAGAGAAAUAUACUGCUGUAUUGAUUUCUACAGUUUGAUACAAAUACUGGUCUCAAUUGACUCUUGCAAACAGCCUUUUAUACGCGGAAUUCUGAUGCUGUUGAUGAACUUGAAUUAUUCCACUUCUUGAAUGUGCACCCUGGUAACGUUUCACGGAAGUGUAACGCAAAAAAAAGGAUAUCUACGGAAAUUGAUUGACGAUAGCUAUAUGUUAUUUAGUCAGUUGGAUAACGUUAGUUUUGGAAAGUGACAUUCUUUUCCAGGAGAAAGUACAUCACUGGUAGGCACUAAUGUAAGUUAGAUGAGUUAGCUAUUUAGACAGUCAUUUAUACAAAAGCAACGUAACGAGCGUUACCCUGGCCUGAGCUGUUCAAUCACUGAGACCGACAGCUCUAAGCUAGCUAGCUAACGUUAGAUGGCGCAGCCGUCAACAAACGACGUUACCAGACAUUAGAUCGCCUACGACGUUACUAUAUUUUUCUGUUAGGCAUGCAUGUAACUUGAUAUAAACUACAAGAAGGGGUUCCCGCUGCUUUUUGGCGCUUCACACUGCCGACGUUGUCUGGUUCGAUAGACUAGUUAGCUAGCUACCUAGCUAGCUACCUUGGAUAGCAUGAGUAACUUGAAUAUCUCAUACAGUAAUCAAGGCAAAACGAUGGCAUCCCAAGGCGCGUGUCGCAGUGGGACAGGUGUCUUUUACCAAGCGAUGCCAGCUGUGGGAACUGAUGGGAGAAAUGUUAUGAAACUGAUCCCUGUUCAAAAAGUAAACGGACAGUUUGUUCGAUCACCAACAAGCACUAUGAAGGACAUCUCUGAACCUCAACGAGAUCUUACCUUGGACGUGCCAUCAAUUUCGAAGAUUAACAUGUCUACUCUGGGACCCACAGCUAAAGGACAAUCAGUGAAUAAAAGGUCAUUUUACAUGAGUACCUCUCAAAAUCCAACCAAUCUGACAGGAAUAUAUAAAUCAGUGAGCAUCCAGACUCCUAUAGUAACAACAAAAGUAGCCCAAAGUGCGUUAUCCUUGACAUCACCUGAGCUAACACUUUUGAAUAAGGAUCAGUUGCCAGUCACUGUGAAAUCUCCAGCGCUUCCAAAUGGACAAUACCUUCAAAUUCCUCCUAAUGCUCAAGUGAAAACCCUUCCAGCAUCCGCACUCCCCCCAGCCAUAAAGAGGCAGAUAUUUACUUCAUCAACGAGCUGUGCCUCAAAUUCGAAUUUGCCAAUGGUUCUUUAUGUGUCCCCUGUCCAAACCAUGAAACCGGGUGGUACUCCAUUAUGUCCAACAUUUCAGAAGGCACCCCUCUCCCUCAGCCGACUUCCAAGGCCACCUGGCCAGACACAUUCUAAAUGCUCAUCAUCAGGCUCGACACCGUGUUCUACUACUGCUAAGGAUGGCAAAAGACCGGUCACUCCUAUUAAGUGGGUGAUUGAGGAGGCAGAUGGCUCACCUGCUCAAUGCCUCGUUCCUGUGAAUUCCUCUUCUAUGACCUCAGAUAUUUUGAAAACUCUGGCAGAGAUGGAAAAAGCCACCAAACCCUGUGAAAACACAGCAAAAAAGUGUUCACCUUCCCAAGAGAGUCAGACAAGAAUUGGCCAAGAGAAGGACAAUGCCUUAGUGAUGUACAAUGGGAAGGUGUAUUUUGUUGCCAAGAAAACCCCUGAGCUUUGUAACCGACCAUCAAAGCCCUUGGAGGCCAGUAGGAACAUGGGUGACUCCACCACACAGGCAGCAGAAAGUGUUGGAUUCAAUCAGAGAAUCAGCUUACCGCCCUCCCUACCCUUAAGCUCCUCACUUGGAUCACAAUUUUCAAAUAAAACCAGACCAGAUCCUAAACACAUUGUUAUACCAGAUGACAUCAUUGACCUCUGUGACGAUGAUCCCCAAGAUGACCUUACAUAUCAGGCAAUAUCAACAAGGGACGUAACAAGGCAACCUUUCAGACAGUCUGAAGUCGAUGAGGACGAAGACUCCAAUGUAAUAUUUGUCUCAUACCUUCCACCCAAAGCAGUGUCUAAAGUAGCUGAAGAAGACAAGGAAAUGGCUCAUAUGCUGAAUGACUUGGAAGCUGAACAAGAAGUGUUAUGCAGUCAAGAUCAUUUGAAUGGCCAGAUAGUGGAUAAUCAGAACAAAGUAUCUGGCCUGUCAAUAGAAAAGUGUCAGAGCAUUGCCACUGCCCAAGACAUGGCAGGCUGUCAAGGUAGUGCAACAGGCCAAGAGUUGAACUCCCGCCAGCAUAACAUCACUGGUCAGUAUAGGAAAAUUCUUCAAAGAUUUCAUGGCCGUGCAACUGGAAUCCGAAUAGAGAACAUUCAGGGCAAUGCCACUAGCAAGGAAAUGGGAAGCAGUCAUCCCAGUGCCUCAACCCAAGAUAUGGGGAAUGUCCAGGAUGAUGCCACUGACCAGGGAAUUGGAAACAGCCAGCACCAUCCUGCUACGCAAGAAAUGGACAACAUUACUGGAAGUACCUCUCUCCAAACAGAAAUGGAGACUCACAAAGAAAAGAGCUCAUCAGAUCCCAUCCCUGAGCAGCGGACUUCUGUGUUGGACAUGGAAUCCUUGGAAAGGUGUGAUCGCCUGCUGAAACAGAUGUUUGGGAUCACAUCUGAUGUGAAAAUAUGUUUGGAGAGGAUUGACGCUAAACCCAAGGCUAUCCCUAAGGCGUUUCCUCGGAUUGGGACCACAAACAAACGUACCAUAGAGGCUAUUCGCAAAUUGUUACAGGGAUCAAACAUUUUGAUAAAAAAGAGGGAACACAAGGAAGCAGAGGUCUCUGCAACUAGGAAGGAUGGUAGUUGCCCAAUAGAUGCUAAAAGACAGAAAAUAGAAAAAGUUAAAAAUGUAUCUGAAAGUUCAGAAAACACCAGUCCAACUCCUCAGCUGGAAAAGCAGCCCCUCACCAAUCCAACUCCUCAGCUGGAAAAGCAGCCCCUCACCAUUCCAACUCCUCAGCUGGAAAAGCAGCCCCUCACCAUUCCAACUCCUCAGCUGGAAAAGCAGCCCCUCACCAGUCCAACUCCUCAGCUGGAAAAGCAGCCCCUCACCAGUCCAACUCCUCAGCUGGAAAAGCAGCCCCUCACCAGUCCAACUCCUCAGCUGGAAAAGCAGCCCCUCACCAGUCCAACUCAGCUGAAAAAGCAGCCCCUCACCAGUCCAACUCCUCAGCUGGAAAAGCAGCCCCUCACCAGUCCAACUCCUCAGCUGGAAAAGCAGCCCCUCACCAGUCCAACUCCUCAGCUGGAAAAGCAGCCCCUCACCAGUCCAAGUCCUCAGUUGAAAAUGCAGCCCCUCGCCAGUCCAAGUCCUCAGUUGAAAAUGCAGACCCUCGCCAGUCCAAGUCCUCAGUUGAAAAUGCAGCCCCUCGCCAGUCCAAGUCCUCAGUUGAAAAUGCAGCCCCUCGCCAGUCCAAGUCCUCAGUUGAAAAUGCAGCCCCUCGCCAGUCCAAGUCCUCAGUUGAAAAUGCAGCCCCUCGCCAGUCCAAGUCCUCAGUUGAAAAUGCAGCCCCUCGCCAGUCCAAGUCCUCAGUUGAAAAUGCAGCCCCUCGCCAGUCCAAGUCCUCAGUUGAAAAUGCAGCCCCUCACCAGUCCAAGUCCUCAGCUAGACAUCUUAUCUGAUGCUGAAUAUAUAUUUGGCUAUGAGGAACCGACUGUCAAUUAUCUAAUUUCCACCGCAGUUGAAACAGGGGUCCCUUCCAAACCUCUGCCAGAAAUCAAUCCAGUACAUAUUUCAAAAAGAAGCUCAAACUCACCCGUUCCAUCUGUCCACCCACAAACAAACGCUGAAGCUAUGGAUUGCGCUCCUGGGCCCUUCUGUGGCACAGCAAGCAACAUAAAGCCGAACUCUAGAAGAAGAAGGGGAAAAGGAAAAAGAUGCACAGCGUGUCCGUGUGGGGUGACUGGAACACUAGUACAAGAGAAAGCAAUGAGCUCAUCAUCCACUUCACAAGAGGAGCCUAGUUCAUCUAAACCACCAAACACCAGGUCCUCAGGGAGCAGUACCUUCGCAAUUGCAAAAUCAGCUAAACGAAAGGGUAGAAAGUCCACAAAGGCUCAAAUGGAAGAUAAAGAGCUAACAUCUGUGGAGAUCCAAUGUCCUUCGACUGUGAGUGAGCAGGGAAGUAGUACGGCUGGAGAGAUCCCAACCAGUUAUCUCUGCUCUACAGCACUCAUGGACCCUGAAGAAAUCAAGCGUCAUGAGAGAAUCAAACGACUGAAAGAACUCUUGAAGGAGAAGGAGGCUGCUCUUGCAAUGAUUAGAAAGAACAUGGGCUGAGUUGGACUGAAUUGCUUUCCAAAUUCCAAUGUGUUGCAUUGCAUAACUUCAGCCUUGUAGAACUCUUAUUUGAAUUGUCAUAUUUACAGUUAAUUCAGAAAGUAUUAUUCUAAAGUCGAUUAAAUAAAUAAAAAUCCUCAUCAAUC